AUGUCCGAAGCACACGAACAGAUAUAAACCCUCCUUCACGAUCCAAGUAUAACACAUCGAAAUAACGGUCUUUCUUUGACAUUAGACAGAAAUUACGCCUUCAAUCAAGAUGAGUAAUGUAGAGGUGAGAAACAUGUCCUUCAAGGUGGGACAGACCCUGACCAUCACAGGUGUCCCCAACCCAGAGGCAGCUAAAUUUGCCAUCAACAUUGGUCACAGUGCGGAGGACAUCGCUCUUCACUUGAACCCCCGCUUCGAUGCUGAAGGUGACGAGAGGCAGGUGGUGUGCAACUCCUUCCAGGCAGGAAGCUGGUGUGAGGAGAUCCGAGACGGAGGCUUUCCCUUCAACCAGGGAGAGGAGUUCAAAAUAUCCAUUACCUUCACAAAGGAGGAGUUCUUGGUCACUCUUACUGAUGGCUCUGAGAUCCACGUCCCCAAUCGCCAUGGCGACGAGAAGUAUAAAUUCAUUUUCUUCGAAGGGGAGGCCAGGAUCCAGGGGAUUGAAAUCAAGUAACCGAGAGGGUGCUUUUCCUGGCGGGGGUGCAACUGGAGGCACAUCGCCAUCAAGAUGGAUUGAAGAAACACCUUAGAAGACCAAACUUAUAUUUGGGCUGCUCAUUGGCUUCAAGUCUUUCUUUUACUACUAUUUCUACACACACACACACAUGUACUUCUUUGUAUUCAUUUGUACAAAUCCCUUUCAGUAGAACUAUUCACUUCUGAUUCUUAAUUACUUGCUAUAGGCUACUUACUAAAUGCACUAUAUGCCAAUUUUUUUUAUAGAAAUUGUCUGGUAAAUGAGUAGCUACAUUAUUUUAAACAUUUAUAUAAAAGGCCCCUGCUCACAGCCAGAGGUCCCGAGUCCUACCAGAAUUCAACUUCUAUUUCCCUCUUAGUAAACUACUUGCCACACAACUGUUUUGUGUUGACAAUCAUAUUUAUUUUAUAGAUCCUGCUUCCCACAGCCUUGUUAGUAUCUGAUAACUUGCAAUGUACAGUGCUUGGUUCUAGUACAUAAUAAGACCUUCCCCUUUGUGACUGGUUAGUGAAAAACAUCUAAUAAAUGAUGACAUUUUGAAAGGUCCC